CGUUUGAUAGGCGUUCGAUAGUGUUUGAUAGUCUUCCCUUAUUCCUGAUUCCGCUCCUGACCAAGAGAAGGACAGCACGGUUCCUACGAUGUGCUCUCUCUUUCUAUUCUCGACUACACUUUCUGCACUACAGUGAGCAGUCCAGUACUAUAUAUAGAUGCGUUGAGCACCUCUCUACUCACUUCUGGUUACGUAUUCGUCAGCUGUGUUUUGAUUUCGUUACUGUCGUUCAUUGAAUGAUGUGAAAAAAAACAAUAUUAAUUGAGUUACGUUAGAUAUUUCAAUAAAAUGGCAAAAUAUUCUAGUGACUCCGAUUCAGACCGUAGUAGUCGUCAUCGCAGGAAACAUUAUAGAAGAUCCAGAUCCAGUAGUUCAGACUCCAGUGACAGCUCUCCCUAUAGGAAGAGGUCAUCGAAGCAUUCAAAAUCAAAACGUCGACAUCGUUCACGUUCAAGAAGUCGUGAACGUGAUCGUUCCUCUAGAACCUAUAAAUCAGUCCGCACUAGCUCCAGAGACAGAGAUAGACGUAGAUAUCGCUCACGACGAUCACGCUCCUAUUCUCCAGAUCAUAGCAAAAAGCGAACAAGAUCAGUUUCCAGAGAAAAGUCUACUAGUCGUUCUAGCAGUUCUCAAUCGAACGUUAAAACCUCUGAUAAAGGGCAGAUCGUUUUAAAUAAGGGUCCAGAUGACUUUUCAAUUGAGCCAAGAAUUAAGGAGAGUGUCCUUGAUGAGAUCAAUUCCGAUAGCUUUGCUCCAAAACACUUCUCGUCAUCUACACAGGAUAAACACAACAAAUUGAAUAAUAUUGUGAUUGAUAUUAAUGCUGAUACUAUUAAGAUUCCCGUAGUGACGAAAAUAUCUGGUUUGUCAGAUAGCAUAUUUCAUACUUCAAUCAUAGUCGAUCAGGAUAUUCGUUUCGACAAAUGGGUAAAGAAGCUCUAUACUCUAAGGCAAAAAGCGAUUCUGGAUUCAACUCAUGUCACCAUUACCUAAUACUUGGAUACUAGUUACUUAAGCUGAUUUGUAAAACAUGAUUUUUACUCAAAUAAAAAUAUACAAACACCAUGA